AUGGAUCCCACCACCAAGUCGGCAUCUUAUCAAGUCCCGGAACUUCUAUUUCACACAAUCCUCACGGUCAUUGACUAUAGUCACGACGCAUCCGGAGCCAGCCGUACCACAUUUGUGCUUGGAACGCACGGCACCUUGGAGGCGGCAAAGGCCUUUGCCGUCCAGUCUCUGGAGUCGGUCAACUUCAAGCCCGACGACUUCCAAAAGUACCAUGUGAAGCACCUGGAACAAGAGACGCCCGGCAAGACGUGGAUCCACGGUGACGGCGUUCUCGUCUUUGCCCGCUCCUUUGACGGCCAAGAGUUUCGCGUGAGCAUCGACACCACGCCCAACAACGAGUCUCUCCACGCAAACACCCAAGACGGGGAGAUGCGCCUUCCCGAGGGUGCAAAAUUUUUGCACUACGUCGUCCAGACCAUUAUUGACUACAAUGUCGACCGUAGCGGUAGCCUGCAGACGACAGAGAUUCAAGGCGUCUAUGUUCAUCGUGCGGAUGCCUGGACAGCCGCACACAAGUGUCUCGCCCCGGACGAGUUUGCUGAGUACGACUGUCGUGGAGACACCGAGUUUGUCGAAGCGUGGCCGUUUGGCGACAACGUCGCCGUUCAUGCCGUCUCGGAGACGGGGCAGAACUACCUCAUCGCGGUGAACACGCCGCCUCAGCAUAGGCACGACAUUAAGAGGCACGGUCGGAAGAAGUCUGCAUCGGCAUAA